AUGGCAGUGUCCGGUCGUUGGCGCAAUAGCAGGUGCCUCUGGCGUGGUGGGCGCCGGCUCUGCGCGGGCAGUGCGCUCGAGCACGCUGCUGGAGCAGCACCGGCAGCGCGUGCGUCAGAAGCCGCAGGGCUUCGAGGCUUGCAGUUCCGAGAAGCCCUGGUGGCAGCGCCGCGCGCCUUGCGACUGUACAGCGCAGCCUUCCUCCUGUGGUGGGACUACCGGCGUACCGGCCGGCGCGCCGAGUGCAAGCGGCGCGAGCUCGGGCUCAGCGCAAGGGCGGAGGCCUGGGAGGAAGAGCCUGCGGAAGUCGAGGCGAUGUGGGAGGCAGCCCACGAGAGAAACGCUCCCCGAGUGAGGAGGGUCAUCGACCGCCUGCGAGGGCUGUGGGUGAAGAUCGGCCAGUAUCUUUCCUCGAGGCCCGACGUUGUGCCCGCGCCCUACAUCCGCCACCUCUCUGGGCUGCAGGACGCGGGCCAGGCGUCGCCGUGGAGGCGAGUGGCGCUCACGCUCAGUGAAGAGCUCGGCCCAUCGUGGAAGCAGAUCGUAGAGGUGGACGCAGAGCCGCUGGCCACGGCUUCCGUUGCUCAGGUGCACAGGGGCCGCCUGCGCUGUAGCGGCGAGACUGUUGCAGUCAAGGUGCAGCACAGAGGUGUCGGCACCCAAAUGCGCAUGGACCUUGUGAAUUUGGACUUGCUAGUUGGGCUGAUGCGUCGUUUCGAUGCGGACCAGGACUGGAGGCCGGUUGUCUCUGAGUGGUCUGUUGCUGUUCGCCAGGAGCUGGAUUUCGUGCAAGAGGCCGCGAACCUGCGGGAAGUUGCUCUGAACUUGGAGAGGUCCAGUGUCAAGGCCAUUGUACCGAAGCCGAAGGACGGCUUGGUCACUCCCAGAGUGCUGAUCAUGGACUUUUGCGCCGGGGUGCCAGCGCGAGACCCAGAGAUUUUGGGAGCAUUGGGUGUCAAUUGUGAGUUGCUCGUAGAAAGGGUGUGUGUGGCCUUCGCGGCCCAAAUUCAUGGGGAUGGGUUUUUCAACGCGGACCCCCAUCCUGGAAACGUGCACGUGUCCACAGACCCUGCGCAGAAUGGGGGCGACCCGAGCAUGCCCAUCCUCAUGGACUACGGGCUGACGAAGCGCUUCAGCCCGGAGAUGCGGCUCGCCUUCGCGCGGCUUCUGCACGCCUCCGAGGCGGUCGACGCCGAUGGUCUCGAGCGAGCCUUGGAGGAGAUGGGCUUCCUCUUCGAGCGGGAGCCCCUGGAGGACCUGGCCAACAUGCGCCGGCUCUUCACCGCGGUGCCGAAGUCCCAGGCGGCGGCGCUGCGCAGGCAGCGCGCGGGGGAGCGGCGCCGCGGGCGCGAGGAGGCCCCCGCGGGCAGGCGCAGGCGGCCCGUGGCCGCCUGGCCCGUGGAGCUGGUCUUCUUCCUGCGGGUCACCGGCCUGCUGAAGGGCCUGGCGGCCUCCCUGGACGUCCCCGUGGACUACAUGGGCAUCAUGGCUCGCGCGGCCCGCGGGGCCCUGCGCGCGGCGGUGCCGCGAGCGCAGCGCUCGGCGGGCGGCGUGCUCCGCGGCGGGGACCCGCAGCUGCCCGCGGCGAGCGCUGGGUCACCCCUGCAGCGGCGCCUCGAGUCGGCCCUGGAGCAGAUUCACGGUGCACUGCGAGGCCUGCAGGUUGCCGUGGCCGGGCCUGGAGGUGCGCUCCUCGCCUCCGUGUGUGCCGGCGAGCUCGGCGCCGCGGACCCGCGGCCGGUGCGGCCGGACAGCCUCUUCUGCGUGUUCUCCGCGGGCAAGGCCCCGUGCGCCGCCGCCCUGCUGCGCCUGGUGGGGGAGGGGCGGCUGCGCCUGGAGGACCCGGUGCCGAGGCACUGGCCCGGGUUCGCGGCCGAGGGCAAGGGGGCGUGCACGGUGGAGCACGUGCUGAGGCACCGCGCGGGCCUCGCCACCGCCCUGCCCGAGGGCGUCACGCUGGACCAGCUGCUGGACCUGGACGCCAUGGUGGAUUUCGUCGCGGGCGCGCGGCCUGCGAGCGCCCCGGGGGCGGCCGAGGCCUACCACGCCCUGACCUUCGGGUGGCUCCUGGCCGGCCUCGCGCGCGGCUGCACCGGGCAGGGCCUGGCGGAGGUGCUGCAGAGCCGGGUCGUGGCGCCGCUGGGCCUCUCGGAAGAGAUGCUGGUAAUCCUCGGCGUCCCCCAGCGGGUCCUGGCGCAGGAGGGCCGGCUGGCCACCCUGGAGGUCGCGGGGGGCGGCCCGUCGCAGGGCCCCCAGCGGGGCUCGGGCGCCCCGGCCGUGCCGCUCCUGAGCUGA